AAAUAUUACAUUCUGCUGGUCCAACCGCUUUCAACUUUAUCCAGCUGAAUCUGAAGAUCUCUCUUAAGAGGAGAAAGCCAACAUGUUAAUUUCUCAGUGAAAGCAAUUCUCAAGUGCCAGCAAGUCUCCUCCGAUCAGUGGAGUGAAGACAGAUCAAUUGACUGGUCGGGGAAUCUGUGUGCCCAGCGGACAGGGAGCGAAAUCGUGCGAAGCUUCUCACUGCAAUUGAUACGCCAGACAGACAGACAGACAGACACACACACACAACACAAACAAGAGAAAAAUCUUCCCAGAAUUAACUAUUGUGUCUCCCUUGGAAGCACAAAGUAGAAUCCAAGACAGCAAACAAACAAACAGACAGACAGACAAACAACGAAGGCUGCCUUGAUGUUUGCCCUCCAGGAAACCAUUCCGAGAGGUGGGAUAACCAUGAAAGAAGAGCCCUUGGUUGCUGGGAUGAAUCCUGUCCGAUCCUGGAUGCAGUCGGGCGGGAUAUUGGACGCAAACACUGCGGCUCAGAGUGGGGUCGGUUUAGCCCGGUCACACUUUGAGAAACAGCCACCCUCCAACCUCCGCAAGUCCAACUUCUUCCACUUCGUCCUGGCUCUCUACGACCGGCAGGGUCAACCUGUGGAGAUCGAGAGGACAGCGUUCGUGGACUUUGUGGAAAAGGACAAAGAACAGAACGGGGAGAAAACAAACAACGGGGUUCACUACAAGUUACAGCUCCUGUACAGCAACGGAAUUCGAACAGAACAGGAUUUAUUUGUACGGCUAAUAGACUCAAUGACCAAACAGGCUAUCAUUUAUGAAGGGCAGGAUAAGAACCCAGAAAUGUGUCGUGUGCUCCUCACUCACGAAAUCAUGUGCAGCCGAUGUUGUGACAAGAAAAGCUGCGGAAACCGGAACGAAACACCUUCUGACCCAGUGAUCAUUGACAGAUUCUUCUUAAAAUUCUUCCUCAAGUGCAAUCAGAACUGUUUGAAAAAUGCUGGGAAUCCGAGGGACAUGCGACGAUUCCAGGUGGUCAUCUGCACAACGAUUAAUGUGGACGGUCAUGUCCUGGCUGUGUCGGACAACAUGUUCAUCCACAACAACUCGAAACACGGGCGGAGGGCUCGGAGACUUGACCCCUGUGAAGCAGCCACUCCAUGCAUCAAAGCAAUUAGCCCGAGUGAAGGGUGGACUACAGGCGGCGCCACCGUCAUCAUUAUCGGAGACAACUUCUUUGAUGGAUUACAGGUUGUUUUUGGAACGAUGCUGGUCUGGAGUGAGCUGAUCACGCCUCACGCAAUCCGAGUGCAGACGCCCCCACGGCACAUCCCAGGAGUGGUGGAAGUCACGCUGUCGUACAAAUCCAAGCAGUUCUGUAAAGGAGCGCCAGGAAGAUUUGUCUACACAGCAUUGAAUGAACCCACCAUCGACUACGGAUUUCAGCGGCUACAAAAAGUGAUCCCACGGCACCCUGGUGACCCCGAGCGAUUACCCAAGGAGGUUCUGCUGAAACGAGCUGCUGACCUGGUUGAAGCCUUGUACGGAAUGCCACACAACAACCAGGAGAUUAUCCUGAAGCGGGCGGCGGAUAUUGCAGAAGCUCUGUACAGUGUCCCACGGAGCCACAACCAGCUUCCAUCUCUCGCCAACACAUCGGGCCACUCAGGGAUGAUGGGGGUGAACUCCUUUAGCAGCCAGCUGGCAGUCAACGUCUCGGAGACAUCGCAAGCCAACGAUCAAGGUUACUCCCGCAAUACCAACAGUGUCUCCCCCCGGGGCUACGUGACCAGCUCAACCCCACAGCAGUCCAGCUAUAACACCAGCAGCAUGAACGGAUACGGGACCACCGGGAUGACCAAUCUGGGAAUACCAGGCUCUCCGAGCUUCCUGAACGGUUCAACUGCCAACUCUCCUUAUGCCAUCGUGCCGUCCAGCCCUCCUUUGACGGCAUCCUCCAUCACCCUCUCUUCCAAUGGUAACACUACCCCAGGCAUUUUCUCAUUCUCUCCUGUCAAUAUGAUCUCUGCAGUGAAACAGAAGAGCGCCUUUGCCCCUGUCGUUAGGCCUCAGGCCUCUCCGCCCCCUACCUGCACCGGCUCCAAUGGGAACAACCUGCAAGCCAUGUCUGGCCUGAUAGUCCCCCCAAUGUAGAAGAGGAGACGUGUGCAGCACAAAGGCUAAAACAGCUACCGCAAGUCAACGGGUUGGGCCAAGCCGGAGACAAGGCCCGACAUCACCCUUCUUUUUUGUCUACCCCCUCCCCCAAAAUUUGAGACGUUUCAUGCAGUGACAACAUUUUAUCCGUGGACUCUUGGGCUUUUUAUUUUGAAGCGAGUGAAAUACUCUGAGCAGCUGUCCAUGAGUUUAACAAUGUGCAGGAGACAGACAGCGAACUUUCCCUCCCAUUCCCUUCCUCCCCUCCACCGC